AUGUCCAAACACUUUCCGGCUAUCAGUCUAUACCCAAACAUUUUCCGGCUGAUUGUCUGUGUCCAUCCUUAUUUUGGUUGCUUGUCUAUGUCCAAACACUUUCCGGCUAUCAGUCUAUACCCAAACAUUUUCCGGCUGAUUGUCUGUGUCCAUCCUUAUUUUGGUUACUUGUCUAUGUCCAAACACUUUCCCGGCUUUUUCAGUCUAUACCCAAACAUUUUCCGGCUGAUUGUCUGUGUCCAUCCUUAUUUUGGUUGCUUGUCUAUGUCCAAACACUUUCCGGCUUUCAGUCUAUACCCAAACAUUUUCCGGCUGAUUAUCUGUGUCCAUCCUUAUUUUUGGCUGCUUGUGUAUGUCCAAACACUUUCCGGCUAUCAGUCUAUACCCAAACAUUUUCCGGCUGAUUGUCUGUGUCCAUCCUUAUUUUGGUUACUUGUAUGUCCAAACCCUUUCCGGCUUUCAGUCUAUACCCAAACAUUUUCCGGCUGA